AUGGUGUACCAUAGCUUUGAUCACGCUGAAGAUGACCCCCACAACUACUACCCCUCGGAAUUCCUUAACUCUCUUACCCCAAACGGGCUGCCUCUGCAUGUGCUGAAGCUCAAGGUUAACUGUCCUGUCAUACUGCUCAGAAAAAUUGACCCCGCUAAUGGACUUUGCAACAGGACAAGUCUUAUGGUUCGAGGGUUCCAAAGGAAUGCUAUUGACAUAGAGAUCAUGCUCGGGCAGCAUGCUGGGAAGAGGAUUUUCCUGCCUCAUAUCCCCUUAUGUUCCUCCGAUGAUGCGAUGUUCCCUUUCUGGCUCAGCUUUGCCAUGACAAUUAACAAGGCACAGGGACAAACCAUCCCGAAUGUCGACGUGUACCUUCCCCAGCCAGUGUUCUCUCAUGGCCAACUAUACGUCGUGUUAUCUAGAGCCACUACCAGAAGAAAUAUCAAGAUCCUUGCCGCCUGGAUGAAGGCUCAAUGGUAG